AUGAUCUCCUGCUACUCCUCAGCAGACUUCACAAGGAAUGGCAAGUAUAUGGUGACUCGCGAUUUCCUUACAGUGAAGGUGUGGGACGUGUGUAACGCCAAGAAGCCAGUGAGUAGCAUAAUGGUGCAUGAGGGACUGAAGGGCAAGCUCUGCGAGAUGUUUGAAAAUGACUGCAUUUUUGACAAAUUUGCAGUUUCUGCCUCUGGAGACGGCAACACAUUCUUUACUGGCAACUAUAACAACGCCUUCCACCUCAUCGACGCCGACGGAACCAACACCCAAUAUGAGCUAAACUUCAAAAAGACAACAGUUUCCAAGCAAAUGGUGACAGGUAAAUGCCCACCAAUCCCCAAAAUGGACUACACGCGGAAGGUCCUAGCGGGAGAUUUCAGUCCAAAGCGCAACAUGGUGGCGGUGGCCUCUCUGAACUGUUUCUACAUCUACAGCAUCUGCCUGCCGAAAAUACAAAACGUAGUGGGAACGGUCAACCUCGGCUGCAAGCUAGACCUCAAGGAAAUUACAUGGAAAGGCAAAGCAACCGAAUACAAUCCUAACCGCUUCGCUGCAGUCAUCAUGCGACUUCGUAACCCCAAGACCACCGGACUCAUCUUCAGUUCCGGAAAAAUGGUCAUUACUGGUGCCCGUUCCGAGGAGGAGUGCCAGUUGGCGAGCCGAAAGUACGCGAAGAUAAUCGAGAAGAUGGGUUUCGCGGUGCGGUAUUCGGACUUCAAGAUCCAGAACGUGGUGGCUUCAGCCGACGUGAAGUUCCCAAUUCACCUGGAGAAGUUGUAAAUCGAUCACAUUGCGAAGAAGGUGGAGACUUCGGAGAUCCAAUUCAUGCCUGAGCUUUUCCCCGGUUUGGUGUAUAGGCUCAAGAGUCCCAAGAUGGCCUUUUUGAUCUUCGUUUCAGGGAAGAUCGUAAUAACUGGUGCAAAAAGUUUCAAGGAAAUACUGGAGUGUUUCGAGCAUAUGUAUAGACUGGUGCACCGCUUUCGCAAGCUCCAGCACAACUGA